AUGCUAGCAAAAUAUUUACAAUUGAACAACGACGAUAGUGUCGUUGAAGAAUCAAGGAAAAAGCCUAGCAGGAAACAUUUCAAAGGUGAUGCAGCUAGAAUCGCAACGUUGCCAAGUCUGGACUAUGUGUAUGAUAUCUAUCGUUUGGAAAACAUGAAAGAUGAAGACGAACAGCUGAAUAGAUUGAAAAUUGGCCGUGUUAAAAUAGUCAACAUAGAUACAGAACUGGUACACGAUGAAGAGUCCGACGACAACGGUCUGAAUGUACUGGAAGAUGACGAUUCAAAUGAUGAGAAUUAUUAUAGAAAUGAUUAUCCAGAAGAUGAAGACGAUGACAGAUCUAUACUGUUUGGAAGUGAUGGUGAGGAAGCCAUCGCUGAAGAGGAAACGUGGAUAGCUCGUCAAUACGAAGAGCAACGGCGAAUUCAGCAACAGAAUGAAACUGGUCAUGGUGAUUCUGUAACCGAUGAUUACCAGAGCCAGGACGGCAGCAAACCCUUUAAUCCACAAGAAUACUCUGGGUUAUUUGCGAAAUUCAACGGUAGUGUCGAUAUCUUGAAGUCUAUAAACAGUAGUAAUUUCAUCGAUAUGGAUGGACAACUCAGUAACAAUAACGAUAAUAUUGAUGACGAUGACGAUUACGAUGAUGAUGAUGAUGAUGACGAUGUAUAUGAUGCUAGCGAUUAUGAAUACCAUGUGGAGUCGGAUUCAAAUUCAAACGAGGAACAGGAACAAGAUCAAGAUCAACUUAAAAGAAAUGAAUUCUUCUCCACAGACCAAGACGAUCCUCUGGCGAUCCAUAGAGAUAAAAUAUUCGGUAAAUUACAAAGAAUGAUUGAUGAACGUUGA